CCACCUGUACUUGUAUUAUUUUGGUAUUCGUAUAAAUGUUUUCCUCUUUCUCUCUUCUCUUCUAAAUCUAAUUCGAAUCUUCGCCAGUUAAUAGAAACUCAACUUUGAGUAGAUAAUACUGCUGGAUGUCUCGUCUCUAAUUAUUGUAUUUGGAAAAUAGUUUUGAGUUGAGGAUCUAAUCAUUACCAGAUUUAAUAUAAUUGGCAAAUGGGGUCUGAAGGUCCUACGACACCGACAACAACAAUUCAUGUGACAGGAUUUAAGAAAUUCCAUGGAGUUUCAGAGAAUCCAACAGAAACAAUUGCCAAUAAUUUGACGGAGUACAUGAAUAAGAAGGGUUUGCCAAAGGGUUUAGUUAUUGGGAGCUGCAGCAUUCUUGAGACUGCUGGUCAAGGAGCACUUGUUCCACUGUACCAGAGAUUACAAUCCGCCGUUAUUGCCAAGGACACUGAAUCUUCAAAUUCCAAUAGAAUUAUUUGGCUGCAUUUUGGGGUUAACAGUGGUGCAACAAGGUUUGCUAUAGAGAACCAAGCUGUCAAUGAGGCUAAUUUCCGAUGCCCUGAUGAAAUGGGAUGGAAGCCCCAGAAAGUCCCCAUUGUUCCUUCGGAUGGUGGAAUUUCGCGAACAAGGGAGACUUCACUUCCUGUUGUGGAGAUCACCAAAGCCUUGGCAGAGAAGGGAUAUGAAGUUAUGGUAUCAGUUGAUGCAGGCAGGUUUGUGUGCAAUUACGUUUACUAUCAUUCCCUUCGCUUCACCGAGCAAAACGGGAUCAAAUCCCUUUUCGUGCACGUGCCGCUCUUCGUGACAAUAAAUGAAGAGACUCAAAUGCAAUUCGCAGCUUCCUUGUUAGAGGUGCUUGCCUCUAUACCUCAGUAGUACCAUUACACUCGAUCUCAGACCCUCAAAAGUGGGAGCUCCUAUAUUUAUUCUGGUGUGAUUAUGCUUAUGAAAGUGGAUGAUGGUAUCUUGAAUGAGAUAGUUAUAAUAAAAAUAUUGUAUUUAAAUGGAAACGGUUUAAUGAAAAUGGCAUAUGUUGUAGAGGGCAUUUGCUCUCAUUGGUAAAUGUUUCUGAUUAAAGGUUCCAGCACAUUGUGAUGACAGUUUGAUAUCUUCAAUGUUUACCUUGUGAAUAAAUGUUCAUUUUCUUUAUAAUAA